AUGAGCUACUGCGGCGGCUACUACGGAGGCCUGGGCUACGGCUAUGGCUAUGGCCUCGGUGGCCUGGGAUAUGGCUGUGGCUAUGGCGGUGGCUAUGGCGGCUACGGAUAUGGACCUUUCUAUGGAGGCUACGGAUAUGGCUGCUAUCGAUCUUGCCUUGAACAGCAAACCAAACUCAACACCCCUGACACCAUGAGCUACUGCGGCGGCUACUACGGAGGCCUGGGCUACGGCUAUGGCUAUGGCCUCGGUGGCCUGGGAUAUGGCUGUGGCUAUGGCGGUGGCUAUGGCGGCUACGGAUAUGGACCUUUCUAUGGAGGCUACGGAUAUGGCUGCUAUCGUCCAUGGAACUAUGGAAGAUACUGGUCCGGAUGCUGCUGA